CUUUCCUGUGCCAGCGACGAGCAGACAAAACUGAGGGUUCACUAACAACGCAGACAGGAAGGUGGAAGCGCAAGCACUCUGAGUGGAGGGCGAUGGGAGCAGAGCUAUGAACAUUACUCAGCCUCAAGCGACCACAGUAAGGAACACAACAGUCAAGCAAGAGCUGUUAAGGGGCUCAAGGAAAGUCUUCAAGGACAGAGACAGCCAAGGUACAGGGGGAAACAUGACUGACAGAGCUGAAGAUGCAGAGGAUUCUGGGACCCAGCUAUUUGAUCAGUUGGCGGAAGCCUUAAAAUGUGAGGAGGACCCCAAAGCCCCGGGACAUCCUUCCCAGUUAGAACUGGCCCAGUGUGAAGCAGACAUGGGAACUUUGCUGAGAAUCAUAGCAGAGUUGAAUGAGAAAAUGACUGGGCUACAACCACCUAGGUGUCUAGACAAGAGUAACCUACAAGAGCGAGUAAUGAGCACUGAUCCCGAAGCAGUGCCUGCCUCUAUCCCAAUGGACGAGCAAAUAUUUACCACAUCACCUAAUGGUUCAGUGACUCAAAAAGAAGAAAGUGUUGAACUGCAGCUGCAGGAAGCCUUAGAUGCUCUAGAAACUUCCGUCAGACAAGGGAGAGCCUGGGUCACUCCUCAUAUUUCUUGCAAUAAGGAGAAACCCGCAGAACACUUGACUGCAGCUACCGAGAGCUGGGCCAAGGUCACACAGGUCCUAGAUGAGAUGGAGAGAGAAUUCGGAUUCUCGUCCUCUUCGGAAUUGCCAGCUGAAGAGCAUCAGAAAUACCAGAAAAAUGUCCUUGCUUUACACAAGCGAAACUGCACCCUACGCGCUACUCUGCACAGCCGGGAGGAGGAGCUAGACAGGUCAAAGGUCACACUGAGUGGGCUGGAGGAGGAGAGGAACAGGCUGCAGAUGAAGAUCCUGUCCCUCCAAAUAACACUUCCAGCUGGGGUCAGUAUGUCCCCUCCCACAAGUCCUUCCAGUUCAUCAAGUGAAGCCUGGAGUCCCUACUGGGCAACUCCUCCGUACCCUGGGUCGCCUCAGAUGUCGAAGAGGUCUCCCAGCGCUUUCCCUGCCCUGUCAGCAGGGGGCAGCGCUCCUUCUGCUAGUGCACACUGCAGCCCCAGUGGUGGUACUGACAUGGACCACCUUCAGAGGUGUGUAGAAAGGCUCAAGGCGCGGAAUAAACGCCUGUCCGCUGCUCUGGAGAGGAGGAAGGGCGAGUCCGAGCAGAUGAGCAUGAUACUCAGUAAACACGAAGCUGACCACACUGCCUUGCAAAUGGCCCUGAAGUAUAGUGAGGACUGUGAGGAAGCCUACUGCCAGCUGAUGGCACUAUAUGAAGCCAAGAGACAAGGCAUGAUGGGAGAGUCGAGAGAAACUGCAGAAUCAGGAGCAGAUCCGCUGCCCAGCAACCCAAAGCAGCAAACGUUGUGCCCAGAGACCAAGGAGGCCUCAACUUGGCCACCGAAAGGAGCUGGAGUGGCUAGGGUGAUGUCAUCCGUGUUAUUGGAGCAGGAGAGGGGAAUUCGGGAGAGGAUCUCGAUGCUGAAGCGAGACAGGGCUGCGGUGUGCAUCCCUGAGCUGAAAGCGGAGGGAGAGGGCCAGCUCAGCCCAGACACAGGCACCCUGGCUCGAUGCAGCGAUCUGGAGCAGGCCAGGCCUCACCAAACCAGCAGAGAAAAGGCAGCCCUCUUGUACGACUUGGUGACCGUCAGGGAGAAGAUGUCAGAACUGCGUGGGACGAUUCGACUGAUGGAACGAGAGAAGCGUUACCUCGAGUGGACGCUGACGGCGCAGAAGGAGCAGGACGUGGCUGGAGCACUUAUAGCCGACUGCCUGAGGGACGAAUUGGAGGACAGACAAGCAGAGGAGAGGUUUAAGGGCACACUGGUGCAUUGUGGGAGAGCAGUGCCUGGUCCCCGAAAUCGCACGAUCCUACGUGAGACCCAGGCAGCACAGCAACGCGAGCAGCUCUUAAAGAGACGAGUGACAGCACUUCGCGAGUCACUGGACGCUGCACUUGCAGACAGCGCCACCCGCAGGAGAUACUGUGAAGAGGAAAUGGCACAGCUGGCACUCACCCACAGCAAAACCACUGGGACAUACCGCAGUAUGCGGCACAAGUUCCACGAGCAGCUAUGGCAGCUGGAGAAGCAGGCAAUGGCCACGUCAGAGCGGCACGCCACCCAGAUCGCUGGGCUAAAGGCUACACUGGAGGCAUUGGAGACGAAGAGAGAGGAGACGGUGCUGUGAGCUCCACCUCGACCUGACCGUCCAUCUGGGUCUGAUCGGGAGGCCGGGAAGAACAGCUAAGCUGCAGCAUGUACCUAUCAGCCGUGCCCUCAGGAGACCCAAGUGCCUGCACUGCCCCCUGCAGCUGCUCUGGGUGCCGUUUGCCUGGGUAGAGUUUCAGAAAACACAGGGUCUUGUACACAUGAUCUGUUUUUUAAGAGCUAUAUGAUGACUGUGUUUAUGGGAACUGGACCCCAGGAAACAUGCCUGCUGUCCCACAAAGCACCGUGACCUUUGGAUUAUACUUGGCAUUGGUGAGAGAGUAACCUUGGAUGUAUGUGAAAUGUUACAUGCAGAAGUGUUUGUGUACCGUUUUAAGAUGCAUGUUAGCUGCCUUUCAGUUCUUCAUAAACAUAAUAAACUACUUAUUUCACCACG